AUUAUAAACUAAUUAAGCUGCCCUAAUCGAUGUAGUCUAAACGAAUCAACACCAUAAGUGAGGCGUACAUGUGAUUAUGGUGAUUUUAAUUUUUAUAUUUCUUAUACAGAGCGUGUUGUUAAUAUCGGGAGUGUUGAGUGAAUAUGAAGUACCUAAAGCACAUCUAAGGAUAUUGAAACCUAAAGGAUUUACAGUCAGCAUACCUCAUGAAGAUGGUGUAGAACUGUUCGCGUUUCAUGGAAAUUUGAAUAAGCCUCUAGACAAUUUGGAAGCCGGAAGAUAUUCAAAGGAUAUUUUGAAACAUAAUGGUGGAAAAUGGGUUUUUGAAGACCGGCAAACUGAACUGAAGAAGGGCGAUGUGAUUUAUUAUUGGUUGUUUGUGAUUAGAAAUCAUUUAGGUUAUCGGAGUGAUUUGCAAGAAUUUCAUAUCAAUGAUGAUGAGGAUAUAACGAGCAAGUCGCCAGAAAGUUCCCGUGAGAGCAACUUUUACGCAUCAUUUGGUCAACAAUUUCAUUUAGAUAACGAGAAUGAGUCUGGCUACAAAAUAGCCCUCAAAGUUUCAAAUAUCGCUGUGGAAUUAUACGAGGAAGUGAAAAAACUUAGAGAAAUAAACGAUAUAUUGAAAACAAUUAUCGGUAGAGAUGAAAUUUAUUCAAAAACUUUACGUUUCGAAGGUAUAUUGCCUGGUUUUGACGAUGCUCUGUAUAAUGCUCAAAUUAUUAUGAAAGACAAAAUAGGAAUAACUGUUCCUGUACUGAAUGCAACUCGAAAUACUGAUAAGAGUAUAACAUUCUUAGUACCUAGUUUAGAAGAAAAAAUUUAUGUUAUACGAACUGCUAAAACGGCUUUGAAUGGGUCCAAAAUAAAAUUGACUUACUGAAAAUUGUAUAUUCGCUCUAUCAAUAUUUUAUUAAAUAAAAUUUCAAGGUUAAUGUAGGACUUUGUUCCUCGUUAUGUUCAAAUUGUUAUAUUCAAUUAAAUUACUCAUUCUUUGGUGACCAAACGAUAUCUCCAUCCUGACAUUUUAUUCGAAAUUAUCUUUUCAGACCUUCUAUGAGAUAUUUUGUUGCAACAAUGAAUGGAAAAGUACUUUAUUUCCAUUCUCUAAAUUGAUAUAUUAUAUUAUUAUAUUCCGAAACAUCCCUGGUCAUCGACAGUGAUAUCUUGAAGUAACGCAAUAUUGUACUGUUGAAGUUAGACUUGUGACAAAAGAUAAUUUUAGAUAUAAAUAAGCCAUUUUUCGAAUUUUUUUAAUUACUCUUUUGUUAUUUUCGAAAGAGACAAGCAACAUCUCAUCAGGAUUAGGAUCUCUAGAUUUUAGUCAUUGUGUUUUUGAGUUAUUGUUUUGAUAAUUAACAACUCUUUAGGCUGAAUUUCAAAUUUCAAAUAUCCAUUAUAAUAAUACCGAGAGCCGAUGAAAUUUAAAUACAAAUAUUUAUGAUUGGAUAUUGCUUUAGUGUUUUUCAAAAUAUUCUCCAUUAAAAUCAAUAUACUUUUGUAUGCGUGUGAACCAAUUUUCAAAGCAAUUUUCCCAAUCCGAUUGAGGUAUACCUCCAAAACAUGCAUUCUUCAGGUGAAGAAAAACAUUGACCUCGCAAUAUAUUUUUAUCUGUGUGAAUGAAAAGUAAUCGUUGGGUGCCAAACAAGGACUAUACAGCGGAUGACUCAUCAAUUCGAUGUUUUGACUGUUCAAAAGCGUUUUUGUUUAGACUGUUGUGUGAAAGCUCGCAUUAUUCUGGUGGAAAAUGUUACGUCUUCUUCGAUUGGUUUCCUGAUUAUUUCAGAGUUCACCGUUCUAAAUUACUCCAAUGGAACUGUGACGACAUAUCGAAAUAACCGGCAACCAUUUGCUUCUACACGAGCUUUUUUCGAGCGAUUGAUGCCUCAAUCUCUCGUUAUGUCACAUAUAAUAUCAGUUAACGCACAGCAUCGAUGGUAUCUAGCACAACAUCCGAUUUUCGGCGACUUUCAUUAAAUUAAUCCUGUAAUAAAGUGUGGCCAUGUUCGAAUUAGGAAAAUCAGCAAAACACGGUGGUUGGAGAUGGUGUUUCAUUACCAAAAAGCGAGUUGGUGUUUGUUUAAUCCACCUCGAAAGUCAUAGCAAAUCAUCGCACGAAAAUGUUCGCGAUUUAUUUCAAUUUUUGAUCAAAAUGAAUGUUUAAAGUAUCUGUAAACAACUCAAAUAGCACUCGUAUCACAAGACGUUCUUAGUACGCUCACCAUUAAAAACGUCGCACUUCAUAUGAUCGCAAUGUCAUAUUCAUAUCAAUGUUGCCAUAUCUCAAAACUUAAGUAGCAACCCGGAUCUGUAGAAUUGUUAAAAGAUACAAAUUAGAACUCAUUUCAAAAGAAGAAGUUUGUGGUUAUUUCGUGCUGUAGGCUGCUACUAUCAUAUAAGUUCAUCUCAAACACUCGCAGAAUUUUAUUAUGUGCAGAGUCUAAAAUGUCGUCAUCAAAUAUGAAUGUAUAUGAAAUAUAGAAAAGAUUCGUAGAAAUCUUCUUCAGAAAAAUGCCUAUUUAUAAACUGCGAUUUCUCUAAGAGAAUCAAAAGUGAACAACUUCAACACUUCCAAACUAACUGAAGAAUUGCAAACAAUACUAAAGAAGCUGAAAUGCGAACAGGCUUAUCAAAAUCAUUGAUUCCAACAAUGAAGAGAACAUUUCAGUGUAUACGCAGCAUACUAUAACAUCAUAUUUGGCUUUGACAACAAAUGUUUAUCAAACAUUUUACCUGAAGAUUGUAAUUAUUUCUUCAGAUACCUAAUUUACAAAGCGGUAUAUAUUUAAUCUUAUAUAAGUGAAGCUCCACUCCAAAAUUUGUUUCAAAAUCAUUAAAUUUGUAAUUUGUAAAGGAAAUGGUUCAAAAAAUUUUAUUUAAUACGCGUGUCUUGUUUACAUAUACCUAAGACACUAACUAUAUAAUUAAUAAUGAUCUAAAAAUGUGAGAAAUGGAUAAAUGUCUCAAUAAAAGCCGUUCAAAUCAAUAAAUGUAUUAUUUACCAAUGCGUUUCGAUAACCAAGCUAGCACCAUCAGGACGUUUUAAGCUUUUUCACUUCAUAAUUGUUUUGGCUGAGAUAAAGAGACAGCCACGUCAUUACGUAGUAUGAGGGUUGUCUGAGAAGUUAACGACCAAAUAAAAAAAAAUUUUCCAUAAUAAUUGAUAUAUUCCAACAGUCUCUUUGUAAGUUUACAUGUUACCGUGAAAGAUCGGAAUUGGAAACUGUCAGCAAACAAAAACAUCGGUGAAAGAUCGAAUAUUUCAUCACAGAUAUACUCUGGUGGAGGUCGAAAAGGGAGGUGUCAACAAAGAGGCAAAUUCUUUUUUCUGCUAGGAGUCAGUCAGCUUUGUCAGGUUUGAUGUUGAAAACACGUUUUCUUAUUAUUUUUUCCGAUACCUUGAUUAAUACAGAAUUGAAAAUUCAGUGCAUAUCUAUAUACAGGAACAGAAAGUAAUGGAAGACUAGGACAUCAUUCUUUGGGAAAGAAUGAGUGGGUGCGAGAAAACAUUAAAAUUAAAAUUGUGAAAGAGGUAGUGAAGCUAACUAUGCUUUACAAAGCAUAGACAAAUAGACCAAAUAAAUGCAAUGGAAAUGAGAUUCCUUAGGAAAAUAGAAGAUAAAACAUAAUAAAAGAAGAUACUAUAUGAUAUAUAUAAGAAAUAAAGAAGAUAAAACCUUGAAGCACAAUUGAGAUGGUCUGGACACAUAUGUUUCUUCUUCUUAUCGUGCCGUCUUCUCACAACAUGAAACAAUUCUCCGACGCUAAGAUUUGUCCAUUCUCUUAUGUUACGGAGCCAGGAU